AUGCUAGACUGUCUUACACUGAUAUAUCAUACUGAAAAUGCAACAGCCAAAAGCGAACCAAAAAAGGGCUAUGCUGUGCUAAAUCUGUCGGAGAACGGCAAGGUUUGUGGAACGAUAGAGAAAGAACUUGGAAAAGCUGGGGAAACUACUAGGUAUCUCCAACUUCAGUCAGGAGCCAAGAUUCAAGUAACAGGAGACAAUGAAGCUGAAUCAGGUGCACCGACAGGACCAGCUGAGCUUUCAGACACUCCUGAGCAGAUAAGCAAAGCUGAGCAGCUGAUCAAAGAAGUUCUGGCAGAGGCUGAUGCUGGGUCUUCUGGUACUGGAUUUGGUGGCCAGAAAUAUAAUGCACCACGGCCCGGUGCCGACACGUUCCAGAUGAAAUUUCCUAAUAACAACAAGGUGGGUUUUGUUAUUGGUAAGGGUGGUGAGACUAUAAAGUCCAUGCAAGCCAAAUCUGGAGCUUGUAUUCAGGUUAUUCCUUUGCAUCUGCCCGCUGGUGAUACUUCAACUGAAAGAACUGUGCAUAUUGAUGGAACACAUGAACAAAUUGAAAUUGCAAAGCAGCUCGGUACAAAAAUGCAGGACCAUGCAGGCAGCAGCAGGUGUUUUUGGAGACAGCUCUGGAGAGUGCUUGAAUGCAAUGAUUUGCUGCUUAUGGUGGUGAUGCCCAAGAUCCCUUACUCUAUUGCUGCCCUGACCUUGAGAUCUGGAGAAUCGCUCCUACCCAAAAGAAUGACAAAUACCAGUGCACACACUUCGCUCACAAAAUAAAUAGCUUUGACACAGCACCUAAGAAGUUGUUGCCAUCUGAUUCCCGGUUGAGGCCUGAUAGAUAUGCCCUAGAGAAGGGUGACAUGUCGAAGUCUGGCACCGAAAAGAGCAGGCUUGAGGAACAACAAAGAGUUGAGAAAAGAGCUCGCGAGGCCAAGGAUGAGCAAUUUACAGUCUGGCGCUGAUUGUUGUGCUAUCAGCGGUUUUCAUGCCUCUUUGUAGUAUUAUGACCUCCUUCCAAGUGCCUGUUGUGCUAUCAGCGGUUUUCAUGCCUCUUUGUAGUAUUAUGACCUCCUUCCAAGUGCCCCGUGCUACAACUAUUCAGGAAGUAAUGUAUUUGCAGUAAUGUAUUUGCUGUAAGUUCAUGUACUGUGGUUAAUCUAGCAGAAAUUGCAGAGUUUCUUUGACCGUUGGGUGGUUGUAUUUUGCAUGAUAUAUGUGAAACGUUUGGAUUUUU